CAUACCGCACAGUCCACGUCAACCCCGCCAAGACCCAUUGAACCCCACUCACUUGCAAUUUCCUCGACUACCGACGUCAGUAAAUCUCUGCAAUGCCUCGGAUGCCCCUUCGCCCCCAGUCCAUCCUCAUUCCACGGGUUCCUACAAAAUCGUUCCCUCGUCUGGGCCGUCACUCCAGCUCCAACUCCAGUUCCUCCUCAUCCUCGUCCUCGACCUCGUCUUCGACCUCCUCGUCCCACCCACCACCAAACGACCAUGAGAUCCCCUUCCGCGAACUCACAGGCAGCGAACGACACCGGUUUUUCUGGAUCUCGAUCCUCCCUACCUGGGGGCCAAUUGUCGUCAUAGGCAGCGCCGUGUUCCUCACGAUGCAAAUGACGCGCGCGCACCUCGCACACGAGCGAUUCAAAGGUGAGAUCCUUACCGAGAUCCGGGCACUCGAAGCCGAACUACGAACGUUCCACGAGACCUCUGCAGCCCGGGUGUUGGCAGAGCUCGAAGCUCAGGAAGAGGAGGCAAGGGUCGUUUUUGCCGGAGUGGCAAAGUACGGCAAGCACUGGUCGGGGCUGACCGACUCCUCCCCAGAGGCGGGCGCUGCUCAGCCGAAGGAGGGUGAGGACCAGUCAAAGAUCAAUACCGCGAGGUUCAGGGCUUGGUGGAGUAGGUUCCAAGGGCGGUAGGUCACGCUCUGCCUACACGCUCGGGAAGCAGGAAUGCGGAGAGUGCGGCGCCGGGUGUUCGACCCGUUCCGUUAUCCUUAGGGUCUCUUCGGGCUUCAUGUUGCGAGACAUCGGCCGUCGUACGACAAUAGUUCAUGCGAAGUGCGCCGAUAUCCGGCUAGGACGGAGUGAUGAGGCACAUGUACA